CUGAAGAGCUGAUUUGAUUCUCGGGAUGAUUUCUGGGGCGAUCGCACCGCAGAUACCCUUGAGGUGCCAACUGCCUUUUACGACAGCCAUCAGGAAGAAUGGCCUUUGUGGAGGUCGAUGCGCACGCAUGCAGAGACUAAGAUUGAAUGCUUCUUUGCCCGAGGAUCAGGUCCAGAAAAGCCUAUCUUUCGUGGCCAUGAACAACUUCAAGGUGAAACCAGAGAGCUGCACAGACUUCGAGGAUGUCUGGAAGAACCGUAAGAGCACCUUGUUGGAAACCCCAGGAUUCAUUCGAUUCGCCCUGUUGAAAGGAGACGAAGAGGGGGAGUACAUCAGUCAGAGUGUUUGGGCGACGCGGCAAGACUUUCAAAACUGGAGGGACAGCCAGAAAUUUGCACAGGCGCAUGGUGGGGGCGGGGACGAGGGAAAGCCUGUGGGCUCUGCAGCACCCAAGACAAAGGAAAUGCUGAUGGGGCCCCCACAGCCCAAGUUCUACGAGGCAGUGACGCUCACAGAGCAGACAUUCUUCUGAUGAUCAUGACCUGGUUUGAUUAUGGCAAAUCUGGAGCGGCAAAUGUCAUGGAGAUUCAGCUGAGACAUUACAAUGCUUUAUGCCCUUGCAUUGCAACAUAAUGCGACCAUUGUUGACAGGCGGUUCAAGGGCAUGCAAUGAG